UGUUGGGGGCGGGGGAGGUGAACGAUAGGACCGGAGAGGGAGGCUGUUCGAUCACUGUGGUUAUUCCGUUCCGUGGAUCAGAAGCAGGACUCUUUAUUCCACAGAUCACAGAUCGAUUCUUAUUUCUGACAGCGCAGCUCGAGGUGAGCGCCAGUGAGAAUGACUAUGCCGCACGUAGGGGCCGUGUUUGCAGCAAUAACAGGAGUGAUGGCCAUCCUGCUGCACUCCUCCAUUCACAAGAUAGAGGAAGGACACCUCGCUGUGUACUACAGGGGCGGGGCGUUGUUGACUUCCCCCAACGGUCCUGGAUAUCACAUCAUGCUGCCUUUCAUUACCACCUACAGAUCAGUGCAGACAACUCUCCAAACUGAUGAGAUCAAGAAUGUGCCUUGUGGAACCAGUGGUGGUGUGAUGAUCUAUUUUGACAGAAUAGAAGUAGUUAACAUGCUGAUCCCUUCAGCAGUGGUGGACACUGUGAGGAACUACACUGCCGAUUAUGACAAAACUCUAAUUUUCAACAAGAUUCAUCAUGAACUCAACCAGUUCUGCAGCGUUCACACACUACAGGAGGUCUACAUAGAGCUGUUUGACAUUAUAGAUGAAAAUCUGAAGACUGCUUUGCAGAAAGAUCUCAAUGCGAUGGCACCUGGACUCACAAUACAGGCGGUCCGGGUUACCAAGCCAAAGAUCCCUGAGUCGAUCAGAAGGAACUUUGAACUCAUGGAAGCAGAAAAGACUCGUCUGAUGGUAACAGCUCAGACUCAGAAGGUGGUGGAAAAGGAAGCAGAGACUGAAAGGAAGAAGGCAAUUAUUGAGGCUCAGAAAGUGGCUCUAGUAGCAGAGAUCCAUUUCCAGCAGAAAAUAAUGGAGAAAGAGACGGAGAAGAGGAUCUCUGAAAUAGAGGAUGCUGCUUUCCUGGCCAGGGAGAAGGGCAAAGCUGACGCCGAGUAUUACACUGCUGCCAAGUUCGCUGAAGCAAACAUGAUGAAGUUAACCCCGGAGUACCUGGAGCUGAUGAAGUUCCAAUCCAUAGCAGCUAACAGUAAGAUCUACUUUGGCCAGGACAUCCCGAACAUGUUUGUAGAAGGAGCCAACAGUGCACCUAAGUCCGCUGAAGGAGACAGGAGUGCAGAAGGGCAGUGACUCCACGGGCACAGGACAGGAGAACCUGAUGAGGACUUUGUCUUGUCUGUGGGAUGGAGAGCACUAAACUGAAGUUGUCGGGUGGGAUAGGUUUUCAGCUAGUUUGGUGAUCUACACACUUCAGUCUUAAAUCUAAAUGGCAAAGAAAGUGGGGGGAAAUAUGAGGUAUGAGGCAGAAAAGGCAAGUUAAAAAGGGAAAGUAUUUUCUUCAGCUCCCACUCUUAUAGAAGAGAUGCGUUUUAGGAAUGAGAACGAUGCCAUAGUUAAAAAUCAAAAGCAUAAUUAAUGAUUUUGACUGGGAAGGCGACAGCAAGUCGCCCUAAUUACAUAUGCUUGCAAUCAGUGCAGUGCUGAACUUUGCUUUUGGAUCUGCAUUCAUUUUGUUUGUUCAUUUGUUUGUAUGCAAGAGGAGUGAUUUUUGAUGCUAAUGAACAUGCUUUAUUUUAUUGAAAUUAAUUUCUAAUUUAGCUUAACUGGAAUCUGAUAAGGGAUUCGAUCAUCUCUUGCACUAAAUCACUAGUCUCUCAACAUGGGUCAGUGUGAGGGCUGUUUUAAUCACACCCCAUGCGGAUGACUUGAAUAUGGUGGUGAAGGGUUAAUACAGGAGUACAAGCAUUAAUAAAGUGGUGGAUACAGCAGCGUUCACUACAUGAAGCUCAACUCAAUGUGUGUAUACCGCACAGACUUAGUUUUAUGAUGUUGUUCUAUAACCAAGUGACCUGCCUUUGUUGAAUCUUCACUUGAGCCUGCGUUAAGUAGAAAGUAGAUGUUGUUCUAUUGAUACUCAAGUCUUUAAGGUGGCAGGGCGUUCAGCAUGUGUUCGUAUACAGUGAUGUCAGAUUGGUUGCCUUGUAGGAGUUUAUUGUUGAGAGCGCAGCCGCUACAGAGAAGCUGUACUAAGGCAUUUACUGUGAAGCCAACUGAGAGAAAAAAAAGGCUCUUAAGCUGCUGAAAUCAAAUCAGAUUUUCUUUGAUACAAAUUAUUUCAAGAUGAUCCAUGGUUCAAAGCGAAUUAAUAUGGGCGCGCAUGAAUGGUUGAGUUGAAUUCUAAAGAGACGUUAACACUGGAAGAAGUCGUGAUAUGUCUUCCUUGUCAAGAAGUCUGUAAAUCUUUCUUUCCUCUGUCUGGUUUGGACUAUUAGGGGCGGGGGGGGGGGCAUGCAUGUGGGAAAUUUUUUGGGCUUUUUUUACAUGAUUGGUAGUGCCUGCGUUUGUCUGCUAACUCAGUUCUUACAGGUUAUUUACAGAUUAUUGUGAGGUGGCUCAAUGCACAUUCUCAGGAAACUGAACUUUUAUUUGAAUAAAACGGCUGCUUGAAGCUUAACCCGGCAAAAGACAGUUUUGUAAAACAAAAAAAGAAAAAGAGCUUAAAUGUAGUAUUAUGCUAUGAUUUUUUUUGUCAUAAAAACCCUUAAACUAAAUUUAAAAUCUGUCUCCUGCAAUUAUUUAACGUGACAGUUUUAUAGCAUGUCACCGGUUUGUUACACCAUCUGUUUUCAGAAGGUGUCUGACAUUGAGAUAACACAAAAAAAUCCCCCUGCCACUGUUUACAUUUUUGCGUAACUCAAGAUUUGAUGUAUAACUAAAUUGUCCAAUCUUUGCUUAUUAUUGAAUUAAAAUAACUUUAAUUAUGACACAAGCAACAUGCAACUCCUAAUUCUAAUAGUGUUACACUCAGUAAGACACAAACACAAGCGUGGUUGUAUUACAGUGAAUGUUGAUAUUGCUUGGACUUAAACCUGAUGCAAAUUGGUGCUAGUUUUUGUUGUAUUUAUCAGUUUUUGGAUGUUCUUCAGCUCUGUGGAUCAGAAACAUGGAAAUACUUACACUAUUCAGAAUUCACGCCUUAAACAACAAUGGUUUACCCCAGACUGAAGGAUUCAGUUAUGAUUAUAAACCAAGAGGCUCCACCCUAACCCUAAGACGUUUAGUUCCGGUUUGGAAGUUAAAGGCUGCAUACUGCAUUUGCUUAGAUGGUGGGUUCAAAUAAAGCUACAACAGAAGGGUCUGAAUUUCACUUAAAAGAUGAUUUCCUUUUUUUUGUUCAAUAUUUUGUACAAUCUGUGAAAUUUAAACAUUGUCUCUUUGUUUUAAAAAGGUUUCUAUGACAAAAUGUUUUCAAGUUUUGACAAUGUUCUACAAUAAAACCUAUUUUGGUA